AGAAUUAAAUGGAGCGGGAUGGGCUAGACUCUAGAGUUUGGAACGAGAUGGAGUAGAGGUGUUCUGGCCAUUUUGGGCUGAACUGAAUGGAAAUGGUAAUUAUGCUAUGGAAAUCUAAUCCUUAAACCCUCCCGAACUCCAAAGCCCUAUCCUCAUUCAGUCACCCACGAUGUCUCUCCUCCUUCUCAGAACUCUUCCUCUCUCUCUCCCUCUCUUCCGCUCCUUCAUUCUCAAACCUUUCCCCAAAACCACACGAACCCUUUUCUCUGUUUCCUCUGCUUCCACCACUGGAAGCAGUGAAACCCACAAUAUUCCCAACCCCAAACCCCCACAACCUCUCAACAAAAACAGCAACUCUAACUCUAACUCUAACUCUCUCCAAUGGGUGACCCGUACAAGCUUCUGUGGCCAUUUAUCCACAGAAGAUCUCGGUAAACGUGUUCGCCUCUGCGGUUGGGUCGCCCUCCACCGCCUCCACGGUUCCCUCACUUUUCUCAAUCUCAGAGACCAUACUGGUCUCGUUCAGGUCACGACGUUGCCGGAUGAGUUUCCUGAGGCUCAUUCGACCAUCAAUGACUUGAGGCUCGAGUAUGUUAUUGCAGUAGAAGGCGUUGUUCGGUCUCGGCCAAGUGAUUCUGUCAACAAGAAAAUGAAAACUGGCUUUAUAGAGGUUGCUGCAGAGCAUGUUCAAGUAUUGAAUGCUGUGAAAUCAAAGUUGCCAUUCUUAGUUACCACAGCUGAUGAUGCUAAAGAUUCUGUUAAGGAGGAGAUCCGUUUGAGAUAUCGAUGUCUUGAUCUACGGCGGCAGCAAAUGAAUUCCAACAUAAUGCUGCGCCAUAAGGUGGUUAAAUUUAUUCGAAGAUAUCUAGAGGACAUGCAUCAAUUUGUGGAGAUUGAGACUCCAAUACUCUCUAGAUCUACUCCAGAAGGUGCACGGGAUUAUUUGGUUCCCUCACGAGUUCAGCCAGGAACAUUCUAUGCUUUACCUCAAAGUCCACAACUGUUUAAGCAGAUGUUAAUGGUCUCUGGUUACGAUAGGUAUUAUCAAAUAGCAAGGUGUUUUCGAGAUGAAGAUCUAAGAGCAGAUAGACAACCUGAGUUCACACAGCUUGAUAUGGAAAUGGCUUUCACUCCCUUGGAGGACAUGUUGAAGCUUAAUGAAGAUUUGAUCAGGAAGGUUUUUCUAGAUAUUAAAGGUGUGCAGCUGCCAAAUCCUUUCCCAAGGCUUACAUAUGCUGAAGCAAUGAGUCGAUAUGGUUCUGACAGGCCAGAUAUUAGAUUUGAUCUUGAGUUGAAAGAUGUAUCUGAUAUUUUCUCAGAUUCCCCCUUCAGGGUUUUUGCAGAUGCCUUGAAGAGUGGGGGAAUUAUUAAGAUGCUAUGUGUGCCCUCAGGUGCCAAAAGUUAUUCAAAUACAGCUCUUAAGAAAGGUGAUAUUUACAAUGAAGCAAACAAAUCUGGAGCAAAGGGUUUGCCUUUCUUGAAGGUCUUGGAUGAUGGGGGUCUUGAGGGAAUUCCUGCGCUAGUAUCAAGUUUGGAUCCUACAAAUAAAGAUCAACUGCUGAGACGAGGCUCUGCUGGACCGGGUGAUCUUUUGUUGUUUGCAGUGGGUCAACAUGCGUCAGUAAAUAAAAUUCUUGAUCGUCUGAGGGUGUUUGUAGCCCAUGAAUUAGGCUUGGUUGACCAUUCCAGGCAUUCAAUUCUGUGGGUGACUGAUUUUCCGAUGUUUGAGUGGAACGAAUCAGAACAGAGGCUUGAGGCCUUACAUCACCCCUUCACUGCCCCAAAUCCUGAAGACAUGAAUGAUCUUGCCUCUGCUCGUGCACUAGCUUAUGACAUGGUUUACAAUGGAGUGGAGAUUGGUGGGGGAAGUUUGAGAAUAUUUAAACGUGACGUACAGCAAAAGGUUUUGGAAAUUGUUGGCAUCUCCCAGGAGCAGGCUGAAGCAAAGUUUGGUUAUCUUUUGGAGGCAUUAGACAUGGGUGCUCCACCACAUGGAGGAAUCGCUUAUGGGUUGGAUAGAUUGGUUAUGUUGUUGGCAGGUGCUAAUUCCAUCAGGGAUGUUAUAGCUUUCCCAAAGACAACAACUGCACAGUGUGCCCUCACUCGUGCACCAUCAGAGGUCGAUACUCAGCAGUUGAAAGAUCUAUCAUUUCAAACUCAGUAGUGUCAUGUUGUUCAAUUGUUCAUCUACACUAAUUAUUUAUUUGAAUUUGCUCAUUGAUAUUCCCUCAUAUGUAUUACUCUGGGAUCUUUUGCUUGUUCUUUUGGCACCUAGUUUAGUAUGUGAGGGAACGGUUACUAUAUAUUUAAGAACAGAAUAUAUCAAUAUUUUGGUUAGGCAGGGUUAAAACAAGCAUCAAAGGUUAUUAUUCUGCUUU